AUGAACAAUGAAAAUGUUUCAGAGGAUUCAGCAUCAACUUCUGUGUUGAUGAAGCCACCACCAUGUCUGGCUUCUUCCAAGAUGGACACCUCCUCCGAUGUAACCAACAACACCCAUUUUUCGGAAGAGGAUGGAGCUCAUGAAAUGAAUGGCUCUUUAUCCACAACCACAACAACAGCUAAUUCAUUUCCACUGCCGUCAACAAUUACGGCUCCUUCUGCCUCCGAUUCGAUGGAAACUACGAACGGAAUGAAUUUGAAUUCUUUGUAUCAAAAUUCAAAUAAGACAGAGUCGCCUUGUACAUCAUCGUCGUCUUCCUCUUCAUCAUCGUCGUCGUCAAGUCUUGAACAUACAGGUCAUAAAAACCAAACCAAUGGAGAAACCACAGGUAAAACACAUCAAAACACAAAAAAAUCAUCUCCAAACGAACAAGAUGAAGCUAAAUUAACACCUCCUACAGAAGAAACAACCACACAACCCGAAGCAAAACAAUCCUCUGUCGGCAAUUCUUUGGUCACCACAGCAAGAAGCAAAUUAAAAAAGGCCACUAAACCCGAUGCGAAAAAACAAAGAGAAAAAAUCAAAUUAAUAGAAAAUAAGACUCCAUUCAAGCCUGGUGCUACAAAUGUUCUAAUAUCGCAGGCAUGGUGGAGAGAUUGGAAGGAAUAUGUAAAUUAUUCAGACGAUGAACACCCAAAAGAUAAGAAAAAGCAUAAAGACAACCAUCAACAUCGAAAGAUCGGACCUCCAGGACCAAUAGACAACAGCGACAUGAUUGACAAAAUAAUUAUUUACAGGGGAUUUGAUAUCUCUCAUCCAUAUGCAAGCGAGUUUACAAAUUUGAGCCGAGACGGAUCAGUGCUGUUUACCUUGUUGUUAAAGAAACACAUCAUGGGUUCUCAAGACUAUGAGAUUAUCACUGAAGAGAGCUAUGAUUUACUGUCGUCAUGGUAUGGGGAAUGCAAUGGUAACCAAAAAAUUGUCAGAAAAGUCAUAAUCGAUGGUUUGGAGAAUAAUCAAAUGAAACGUUUAGAGAUUCAUCCAUUAUUGCUGAAAUUAUUCAUGACAAAUGAACAGGGAAAGGUUUUGAAGAAUACACAACAGAUCAUUCUUGUCAGUAAGAAGAUGGCCACACGAGAUUUAAAAUUACUUGGUCACAUUUUGUUUAAUAUUGAGAGAGGAUCUAAGCAAAAUGCGAUAAAAAAUUGUAGAUUGUGGAGUUUUUUGGAAGGAAGCCCAGCACGUUGCAUUGCUGAUAGUGACAGCCAAACUCUUGAGAAGGCAAAAUUAGUCGAUGGUCAAAACGUGGUUUUCGAAUUUAGACAACCAGGAGGUGAAUUUCCACUGGAUUCUCGAGAGAAGAGUGAGAAUAGUGACGAAAGUGAAGAAGAUGAAGAGGAAAAGAAAGGAAAAUUCUCAGAAAUUUGGGAUAGUAUUAAAGACUAUUCCUAUAGCGCCCUGGGCAUUGCAACUAGUGCCUCUGGAAAGAGCAAGAAAAAGGGGCUCUGUGGCUUACGAAACCUGGGUAAUACCUGCUUCAUGAAUAGUGCUAUUCAAUGCUUAAGUAAUACGGUACCUCUCAAAAAUUAUUUCUUGAGUGGCCACUAUGCAAAACACAUUAACACAAGUAAUGUACUCGGAACAAAAGGAAAAUUAGCAAAUAAUUUUGCCACUUUGAUUAAGGAAAUGUGGAGUGGUGGUUCAUUGUAUUCACCUGUCAAUUUCAAAUAUGCCAUUAGUCAGUUUGCUCCACAAUUUUCUGGAUAUAAUCAACAUGAUUCUCAAGAAUUAAUAUCUUACUUAUUAGAUGGACUUCACGAAGAUCUCAACAAGGUCAAAGAUAAGCCAUAUAUUGAAAUGAAAGAUAGUAAUGGAAGACCUGAUGAAGUUGUUGCCAAGGAAGCAUGGGAACAACAUUUAAAACGAAAUGAUAGCAUCAUUGUUGAUCUAUUUCAAGGUCAGCUAAAAUCAACUCUUAUUUGCAACAUUUGCAACAAGAUUUCUGUGAAAUUUGAUCCCUUCAUGUACCUAUCGGUUCCUGUUGGAAAAAGCAUGCCAUUCCGAAUGGAUGUCAUCCUAAUGAAUACAGAAGGAGGUUCCAGAGCAACAAAAUAUACAGUUGAACUUCCAAAGCAGGCAACAGUUCAAGUUCUUGCAACUCAAUUCGCCAAAGUGAGCGGAAGAGACCCAAACAAAGUCAUGUUCUUCACAAUGGCAGGAUUUUCUGUUGGAAGAGCUCUUGAAUUGAACGAGAGUGUUGGCGUUAUUGACCCAAAUGCAAGAUCCACUCCAAAAGUGUUGUGUGUUGAUAUUCCAGAUGAUUAUUCUGAGGAUAAAUAUUUGAUUAUUCACAUGAGACAACGAUAUCCAAAUACGGGAGGAGAAACGCUUUUCAAGAAUGUUGGAAUACCCUUCAUUUUGUUUGUGAACAGAGAGAUCACAACCAAAGAAUUUUAUGGUAUUCUUUGGGAUCAUUUGCAACGAGUAGCUAAGAAGACACCAGAAGAUCCCGAGUCCAACAUUAUUCCAACUCCAGAGAACGAAGGAGAAGAAUACACCAACGAACAAAAAUUAGAAAUUUUACGAAAGACUGUAUUUCCCACCUUUGACCCUGAAAAUAUUCCUUUCAAAUUAUCUGUUAUUGACAAGUCUGUUGAAGUUGUUGCCGAUUGUGGUGGCAUACCGAUACUGUACAGUGAUGAAGAAGAUAUGGUCAGAAAAUAUUUAUUAGAACAUGACAAGUAUAUUUUCUCUGUUGAUUGGUUGGAUGUAUCUUUCCUCAAGACAAAAGAAGCUGUUACUGUACAUUUGCAACAUACACAUGUUGAGCAACCAAACUCAAAAAUUGGUCAUAUUACUUUGGAUGAUUGCUUGAAAGUGAAUAGUGAAAUGGAACAAUUGGGACAACGAGAUCAAUGGUACUGCCCUCGAUGUAAGACUCAUGUGUGUGCAUUCAAGCAAUGUUGCAUUUGGUCUAGCCCAGAAAUACUCAUCAUCCAUUUGAAGAGAUUUGGAUAUAAUCGUCUUGGAAGAGAAAAAGUGACGACAUAUGUCGACUUUCCAAUCUCCAAUCUAGAUUUGAGCGAUUAUAUGGUUCAAGCUCCUGAGGACCAUAUGCUCUAUGACCUUUUUGCCAUCAGUUGUCACACAGGAGGAUUGGGAGGUGGCCAUUACUACACUUAUGCUAAAAAUUGUGAAGACAACAAGUGGUAUUGCUUUAAUGACUCCUCAGUCACUCAUGUCCAAGAAAAGGAAAUCAGAACAUCAAACGCUUACUUGCUCUUCUAUCAACGAAAGCAUGAUACGAACAGCCGAGAAGUGAAUGUAGAAUUUCAAUAA